UCCUGAAUCAUCUUGAGCAGAAGGAAUCGACCAAUCACCUGCUGGAAGACAGAUACCUGCUAUCGAUCGCUGACUAUUGGAUUAUUGGUCAAUACCUGGUGAUAAAGGAAUAUAUAAGGAACUCAAAUCUUCAGAAAACCUCCGGAGACAACAGUGAUUAAAGUUGAUCAGCUGACCUGGGAGCAAGACUUUGAUUGGCUGACGAACAGCAAAACUCUUUCUUGUUGAUCAACUGAUCGUUUCGACUUCAUAAAAGAAAAACAACCUUGUUAGCAAAGCAAUGGCAGCAUCAGAACUGAUCCAGGAUAGUGACGAUGUUCGUCCUCAUGUGGAAGCUACUGUGACGACAACAAAUCCGCCUACGUCUCCUCAUCCUCCGAGGGUCGCAAAUGGCAACCCGACUCACCACACCCCCUCACCAAUGCCCCCUACUGACACCCAACACGGCAAAAACAAGUGCAGUAAGCUGAGCAGCCGGCUCCAGCAGUGUCAGCUGAUCCACACUCUGAGCAACAGACUGAAGCGACAACGCGACUACAUCAAGAUCACGGUGACAGAGGAACGAGCCAACAGCCUCCCGAAGGAGUGGUGGAAGACGGGCGUGGCGUUCCUCUACGCUCUGUUCAACCUCUUCUUCACCACUGUUGUCAUCACCAUUGUCCACGAGAGGGUGCCGGACAAGUCCGCGAACCCGCCGCUCCCCGACAAGUUCUUCGACUACGUGGACCGAGUGCCCUGGGCGUUCACUGUCACCGAGGUCAACGGGUUGAUCCUCGUCGGACUUUGGUUUGUACAGUGGAUCUUCCUCAAACACAAAGCUAUCAUUGGUCGUCGUUGUUUCUUCCUCAUCGGGACUCUCUACAUGUACCGCUGUGUCACCAUGUACAUCACCACCCUGCCUGUACCUGGAAAACACAUGGUGUGCGCUCCAAAGCUUUACAACGACUCCACAGGGAAAAUCUGGAGAAUCUUGAGGCUGAUCUCAGGAGGAGGUUUGUCGAUGACAGGCUCUCACCUGAUGUGUGGAGACUUCCUGUACAGCGGCCACACCGUCAUGUUGACUCUGUCCUACCUCUUCAUCAAAGAGUACUCUCCUCGGUGGAUGUGGUGGUAUCACGGCAUCUGCUGGUUGCUCAGCGCCUCGGGAGUGAUCUGCAUCCUGAUUGCUCAUGAGCACUACAGCAUCGACGUGGUGAUCGGAUACUUCGUCACCACCAGGGUCUUCUGGUGGUACCACACCAUGGCUAACACACAUGUGCUGCGUCGGGCUCCAAACAACUACCUGUCGAGGACGUGGUGGAACCCUGUCUUCAACUUUCUGGAGAGGAACGUCCAGACGACAGUGCCCAUCACAUUCUCGUGGCCGGUGGCGCUGCCGUCGUCCUGCCGACAGAGAUACAGGAUGGUGGAGGGGGGGAGGGAGGAGUGACCCGAUGGAAACAGUUUGAAUCCUUCGUGACUCCUGUAAGACAGGACGGACCAAGAGGGCUUGGACAUCAGUUUGUUUAUUAGAAACCUCUCUCUUGAUGACUGAGGAAGAGGAGGUGCCAACAGGAGGAAGAGGAGGAGUUACAAAAAGGUGCUGUUACGUUUACAUUAUCACCGUCACAAUCAGCUCAAUUCAAUUGUCAGAUCUCCUCUUCCUUCCAUUUAUACCUGUGAAAUGAAAACACUCAGCGACAGAAAAUCAAGAGGUGUGAGGAAACAUGGCGUCACUGCCAGCUGCUUCACGCUCACCAGCCUCCAUCAUGUCAAACAUCUGGGACAUCUGGUUUCUUGUGUUGUGGAUUUUCUAAUGAUUAUUGAAAUCGAAUAAAUCAUAUGAUUAAUAACUUUCCAAAAAAUCCAAAACAAUCCGUGAAGACGAUCUCAAAAGACAAAAAACAUUCUGUUUACAAUGAUGUAUGAUCAUAGACUGUGAAUAAAGACGAAGGGCACAUCUUCACUUCCGCUAUGACCUGUACUGCAUCCAGCCACCAGGGGGCGAACCAAGGGAUUUGGUUUCAUUUUUGGAAGAAGUCAUGUCGUCCAAAUCAGGAAGUUAUUUAAUUUGAGCGGUUCGAGUCGCCAUUGAUUAGUUUUGCAUGAAGAAUAAGUGAAUCGAUUUCAUAGCACCUACAGAUUAAUUAGACUAAUUAAUCAGUUCAGUUAUUUUUUUAACUCAUCAUGAUAAAAGUUAAAUCUGUCUCAACUUCAGGUUUAAGAAGUCUCAGAUGUUUCCAGAAGUGCCAGUGAAAAAAAAUUGGGUCGCUUAGCCAAACGCACUAGCUAAUAACGCUAAACAAUUCUUUUUGCACCAACUAUGCUAACCAGAGUUUCAGGACCAAAGCUAAGUUGCUAACUACUCAACCACCUAAAUGAAGUUGGGUCUUUAUUUGUUUGACAGUGAACGCAAAUAUAACUGAAUUCAUUUCAGUUUGUCACAUGUUAGCUCAUUAACCUAAACAAUGUUUCUUUAGCUUCUGUGCACAAAGAAGAAUGACACCAAAGAUUUAGAGACUGAAAUGAUCUCUUAUUGUUUGGGUCAGUCGUUUAGUUGGCACUUUACAGUCCAAGUGCUAACUCUUCAUCAGAGUGAAAAUUCAUGAGCAUAAGUUAACGCAUUUCGUUUUUCUGUACUUGAUUAUCGUAGUUUUAAGUUAUAUUUUGUGUAAAGUAUUUUUUUUUGUAAUUUUGUACUGUAAAAUACCAUCUGUACAAUUUACAUUCAGCUAAAACUCCAAAUUAAGUGCUGCUGAAUUUAAGUUGGAUUUAUGAAGGUUGUUGUUGUUGAUUUUAUAAAACUGAUGUUUGAUUCAGAAACACUCACAUCUGUCAACCAGACCCGUGUCUCAACACAGAUGUUUCAAAAUAAAAUAUAUUUUCAAUCAA